AUGGCGGCCACGCCACCCCCUCCGUCUUUGUCGCUUCCUUCAAACAAAACCCUCACACUCAAACGCUCUCACUGUCCGUUUCACCCUUCUAAGAACAACGACAACAACAAAUCCCUUUUCUCUUUUAAUUCGAAUCUGAGGUGCGAGAUCAAAGGCUUCGAGGGCCAUCGCCGCUGGACAAUUGAGCGUUUCUCCGACAUGAACAAAGACUCCACCACUCUCUCCAAUUCCAGCACCAACCCUUCUUCUCCGUUGGUUUCUGUCUCAGCUGUCACCUCUGCUUCCCAAUUCCCCACCAAAAAUGCUAAAAAGGUUGUCCUUUUCUACUGCGCCGAGACCAAGGCCCUUGCCGAGAAAACCGCCGCCGAGUCUGAUGCCAUCGAGCUUCGCGCCAUCUCUUGGGGCAAGUUUCCUGAUGGCUUCCCCAACAUUUUCAUUCCUAAUGCCCAAGGAAUUCGAGGGAUGCAUGUGGCUUUUCUGGCCUCAUUCAGUUCUCCAGCAGUGAUUUUUGAGCAGAUUCCUGUUAUUUAUGCAUUGCCAAAACUGUUCAUUGCUUCAUUUACCCUUGUCCUUCCGUUUUUCCCAACGGGCACAUCAGAGCGUAUGGAGGAUGAAGGAGAUAUUGCCACAGCUUUUACUUUGGCCAGACUUUUGUCAAACAUACCCAUUUCUAGGGGAGGACCUACCAGUCUGGUGACAUUUGACAUUCAUGCCUUGCAGGAGAGAUUCUACUUUGGUGAUAACAUUUUACCAUGCUUUGAGAGUGGGAUACCAUUGCUUAAAAGAAGGCUCCAGGAUCUUCCUGAUUCUGAUAAUAUAUCAAUUGCUUUUCCUGAUGAUGGUGCAUGGAAACGAUUUCAUAAGCAACUGCAGCAUUUUCCAACGAUAGUCUGUGCAAAAGUUCGGGAAGGAGAUCAGAGAAUUGUUCGUAUUAAGGAGGGAGAUCCUAGGGGUCGGCAUAUUGUGAUUGUUGAUGAUUUGGUUCAAUCAGGUGGAACUUUGAUAGAGUGUCAGAAAGUCUUGGCUGCUCAUGGAGCAUCAAAGAUUAGUGCUUACGUGACCCAUGGCAUUUUCCCAAAUAAUUCAUGGGCACGCUUUGGACAUGAUAAUGGGGGGCAUCCAGAGACUGCAUUUACUUACUUCUGGAUCACAGAUUCAUGCCCCUUAACAGUGAAAGAGGUGGUGAAUAGGCCACCGUUUGAGGUUCUCAGCCUUGCAAGCUCCAUAUCUACCAGUCUUCAAAUCUGA